UAGACACAAAUCUGGAAAGCCCAUUAAAAGAAACUGCAGUUACAACAACAACAGGAUUUGAAUCGAUAAGUUUGAUGUGUUGCCAAGAAUAUAAACUUCUUUGUUGGACACAGUGUCCAUUAUUUUUAAGAUCGUUAGAUCCACCAAAUACAUUUAAAAGUCAUAUUCCUGAAUCUGGUUGUCCCACAAUAAAUAAGAUUAUUGAUAAUUUAUAUUAUGUCGCACUGGAUAUAUCUCAAUCGGAAAACAGUUCAUGGAAAUCUCAAAAAGGGGCUCAAUUAAUUUUAAAUAGUUUAAAAGAAACAUAUAAUCAUUUAGAAACUUUGCUGAAAACUGGUUACUAUAGCGAAAUAGCAUCACGUAUACAAACAAAUGCAAAAAUAUUUUUGAAUGGUAAUGAUCCUUCUAAUCCUAAAGAUUGGGUAUCAGGAAAAAAUCUUGUAUUCGGAGCACAAGAAGAUGUUAGGGCUGGAUUACAUAAAGUUCAUGAUAAUUUAAAGGAAUUUAAGCAACUUUUGAAAUUAGCCGGAGCUAGAGAAAUUAAAAAUAUUAAUUUUGAUAUAAAAACUCAAACCUAUUCACAAAAAGAUAAGCUACUUAGUGGUCUUUUAGAUAGCUUUGAACAGAACGAUACAAUGCAUCACGAUGUUGUAUUUCAAAUUCAUCAUAAAGAUGAGAUUGAGGAAAUCAAAGCUAAUCGAUAUGUUCUUUCAGCUGCUUCAGAACACUUUAAAGCAUUAUUCUGUGGAAAAAUGAAGGAAGCUAUAGAAUAUCAAAAAGUAAUUGUUGAUAUCGACGAUAUUGAGCCUUCAACAUUUCGUGUUCUAAUUCGUUGGUUACAUGGUCAAGAACUUGAAGAAGCAAUCUCAACAGUUCUUAAUGAUUCUAAAUGUUCCGAUGUAUUCUUAGUAGAUUUACUUAAAGCUUCAGAUAAAUAUCAAGUUGAUCCACUCAAAGAUCAAGUUGAAAUAUUGAUAAUAAAAGGUUCUUAUGUUAAUAUUGAUAAUGCAAUUGAGAUCAAUGAAUGGGCGAAAUUACUUCGAGCAACACAACUUAAUAAUUAUUGUCAGCAAUAUAUAAAAGAGAAUAAAACACUUGUAAUAGAAAAAAAGAUAGUUUCAUUUAUCAAAGGUUUAUUUUUCGAAAUAUCACGAAACUUUUAUUUAUUUAUUUACUAA